AUGGCCAGAAAACGAAACUAUGUUGAAGAGCCACUAUCUGAUAACAGUACCAUUAACAAUAGCAUGCUUGGUACCGAACUAAAUGGUCGAUUGUUCUGGAAUUGGUCUUCGGUCAAUUUGAUAGAAAUCAAGGAUUACUCGAACAUCAGCGAGUCCUACUACAAUCGGUUUUGGAUCGAGAACGAGAUGAAGUUGCUCAAGCUGACAACCGAAAAACGCGAAAAAAUUAUUGAGCAGACCAUGUUCGCCAAGAGGGAUGAACUGCAAAUCUAUCUGGGUUACGUUACGUGAGUUUUUUUUUAUUUUAAAAUUUUUUCAAAAAUUUUAAAAUUUAAAAAAAAAAUCAAAAAAAUAUUUUUAAAUUAAAUUUUUUUUUAAUUUAAAUUUCUUCCAAAAACUCGAUUUUUUCCAAAAUUUUUUCGAAGAAGCGUUAGAAAAGGUUUCAUCGUAUAACAUGUCACCCGCAGCCUGCAACACUUAAAUUAUGAGUAAAAAUGUAUUUGUAAAGAAAGUUCUUGCCAUUUUUUGUUUUGUAAAGAAAGUUCUUGUCAUUUUUUGUUCUGUAAAGAAAGUUCUUGCCAUUUUUUGUAUUGUAAAGAAAGUUCUUGCCAUUUAUUAUUAUGUAAAGAAAGUUAAUGCCAUUUUUGUUUUGUAAACAAAGUUCUUGCUAUUUUUCGUUUUAGAAAGAAAGUUCUAUCCUUUUCAGACAUGCAGUAGGUGGUAUAAUACUAUGCUUUUUAUUAAUCAUAGUGUUUUUCCUUCUCUACCCUUGUCUCAAACAGAAUGGCGGUCGAAAGAUUAUCAACCGGAGAUACCGUGAAAAACAUGAAAUGAUAAAGAAAAUUAAAAAGAUUUACAAGUUGAUGUUCAACAAGGAUGGGACGAUUGUAACACCUGAGCAAGUAUACAUGGAGCUCGUUAAGCAGAAGAAGGAGCGUUUGAUAAGGAAGAAGGUAAGCUUACUUUACCUGACCCUACUGUACCCUAAUAUACCCUACCCUACCCUACGCUACCCCAACCUGAUAUUGCCAUAGUCUAACAAACUUAUAACACCAUUUCCUAUACAUAUCCUCCUACUAUAACAUAAAAAUUUCAGAACAAGAAAAAACUAAACCAAAGAACAAAGCCUGAACUUCAGAAAAGCUUGAAGAAUAUCAUAAGCAACCAACAACAGACGAAAGAAGAACACAGUACUAACAAGGAAGGGGCAACGGACGAUCACCCGAGUAAAAAUCGACUGGUAAACUUGAAAGGAACCGAGCCGACACAAUCAGAUGCCAAAAAAGAUGAGAAAACACAAUAUGAAACGUUUUCGACUCGAGAAGUAAGGUUUUAUUGAGUUUUUCUUUUUUUGUCGUAUAACUUGUCACCCGCAGCUUGCGGAGCUAUUUUGCACUAUAAAGAUGGAAUUUUAGUGUUUGGAAAGAAAGUUCUUGCUAUUUUUUGUACUGUAAAAAUAGUUCUUGCCAUAUUUUGUUGUGUAAAAAAAGUUCUUGUCAUUUUUUGUAUUGUAAAGAAAGUUCUUGCCAAAGUAACAAAAAAUAAUCAAAUUCUCUUUCAGGAUAUCACAAUGUCAUCGUCAGCAACCAACAAAACCCAAUCAGAUAGCUUCUCCAAAGAUACCACAACAAAAACUAGUGAAGGUACACAAGGAGAGCCCAAAUUUGCCACGGAAAACACGCAAAAACAUGAUCUUGUACAAGAUCUCAUCGAAAAAAAUAAUAUAGAGCAAGGAAAUGGAAAAAGCAAGGAAAAAAUUGAAACAGAAACAAGCGGAGCUCAAGAUGUUAGCCAACAGAAAGACCUGAAACAAGAUGAUAAACCACGAAAAAAUAGUAGAAAAUUGGAUUCUACGCAACGAAACGAUGUUGAGUAA